CUACACUAUUUAUUCCAUCUAUCUCUAUCCAACCAACCCUCUCAAAACCUCAUUAUUUCGCCCUCUUAUUUUUCCUUCUGGUUAAAUAAACAUGCAACAAUGUCCCCCACCAAUGCGUUGAGCAGCGUCGAUGCAGCCCACCUCAACACGCUCCGCGCCGAACUGAAACAAUGGGAAAAAUUAUUCUCAGACGCGAACGGGGGUAAGAAAGCAGGAAGACAGGAUAUCAAGCAGGACCCGGAGAUAGCUGCUAAAUACAAAACAUACGGGCGGCUCCGCGCACUUGAGUCGUCGUCUACUAACGAAGCCGAGUCUGGGCCGAAAGACGGUACGAAAACACCGUCAAAAUUAGAGCAGCAGCAAGCACGGGGGAAACAUAAACACGGAGGAGAGAUCAAACACCAUGGACAAACACCGCCGAAGUCGCAACUAGAGCUAUUCACCCCAGCAAAGAACCGUACUAUAAACGACCCGCACCAUCCAGCGGAAUUAGACCCAUAUGACUCCCCCUCUGUGUUUCGGCGACUGUUCAGCCCGUCAACACACCGGCAGACGCAGCAAUCACCACUUCCAUUCAAGAAUGCUAUCGGGCCGACCCCGCAGCGUGAUGGGAAAGCAUUGGGCCUGUUUGAUUCGUUAUCAGCGUCCGGGGGGAGUACGGCGACGCCAUCCGCUCAGCGUGUUGCCAUGGUCGGAAAGGAUGUUAUGAAGACACCUUCUGGCGGGAAGCGGAAGCGGCUGGAGGGGAUUUCCGAGCAAGAAGCUGCAGAAGACGAGGAUGAGGAACGAGCGGUUCACUUAGGUCGCACACCUGCUUCGUCAAGCAAAAAACUAUACCUCGAGCGCUUUUUCGCGACACCGACUACCCUACGGUUCGCAAUGAUGGUUGAAAAUGAGGGAAAUGAGCGGACAGCAGGCACCACAAACAAGCUCUCUGCAGCAGAGACACACUCAGAUUCAAACCCGCUAGGUUCAGAAACACCGAGCUUUCUGCGUCGAUCGAAUUCAGGACGGUAUAUCCCAAAUCCCGACCCUUCGAACGGUCUAAGUCCGAUUGGUAUUCGAAAGACACAGCGAUUUGUCGGGAAGGGCCUUAGUGCGUUGGUGCAGGGGCUGCGGGAUAUGGAUAAAGAGCGGAUGCAGGAUGACUGGGAUAUACUGAGGGAUAUUGAAGCGGAACAGCAGCAGAAUGGGGCAGAUGUCCAAGUAGGCGACAGCCAAGCGCCGGUGUUGAAUAGAAACGAUCCUGAAGGUGAGAGUUGGAGUGGAAGAAUAUGGAAAAAGAAAGCCCCGAAACGAACGACGCGACUCGUCAAACUGAAGCCCGUCGUGCACACAAAACCCAAGCAAGCAAAAACAACCGCAAAGGAAACGAAUAAGAAAGCAGAAGCAGAGGAAAGCGAAGAUGAGCUAUUCUCCGGCGCUGUCCCUGUUCCUUCAGAAUCUACCUCUCGCCGCAAACCCCAAAAUGAUAAAAAACAUGAAGGAGGCGAAGAGGAAGAAGGCUUCAUCUCCGACAACUCCUCCGACUCCGACUUCGCCAAGUCCAGCACAAAAACCGAGCCUGCAUCUAGCUUCUCCGAGAAAAUAAAAGCAGCGAUAUCCAGUGUCAAAACGCCGCUUACCAAUCCCUCAAAAUCAGCAACAUCCAAAAGCAAAAAGAAAGCAAAACCCCAAUCAAACGAACACGACCAAGAAACAGAAAAAGCAACUAAAAGACGGAAAAUCAACCCGGAUGCACAUGCCAACUAUCGGUCGUUGAAGAUACGCUCUAUAGGGCAGCGCAGGUUUGGAAAGGGGAGGUUUGGACGGCGAUGAAAGGCACGACACCACACAUGCCGUGUACAGUGAAGUGGGUUGGUCUAUUGAGUUUGAUGAUAUAAAGUAACGAAUGAUGACCAUAUUUAUAAUUAUAUGAUUAGUGUUGCAUGCCGUUGGUGUUCACGUGGAGUUUAACGUGUUUAUCGCUAGGUGGUGAUAUAUACAGUAUGCAAUUGAGCGAUGAUCAAGGAUCAAAUUUACAGGUAAUUCAAGAGAU